AAAAUAAAAAUGAUAAAAGAAAAAAGCAUGUAUGAAGGUGGACUUCUUCCAUCGCUCCUUCACAACCCUUCCCUACCCGUGCUGUCACUCCAUCAAACCCAUUUCACCCCCUUCCUCGCAAGAAAGAAGAAGCGCCCGCCCAUCCACCCUCACUAACCAUACCAUCAAUCAAUCAAUCAAUUAAUCCUUAAUUUUAUUUUUAUUUUUGUAAAAAUCAGUUAAAAAAUCUCUCCUUUUUUGAAUUAAAAUGGUGAAGAAAAAAGUACCAGAUUGGCUCAACAGCUCUCUCUGGUCCACCACUCCUUCCGCCUCCUCCUCCACCACCACCACCACCGACACCAAUAUCUUCGACCACCACUCACCCACAACCGCCUCUCCACCCAUCGAAUCCCCAAUCAAUCCACCGCUACCUCCUGCGGCUAUCAGAGACGAGCAACAACAGCAGCUGCCGCGUCAUCAUCAUAAUCAUCAUCAUCCUCAAAAACCUGAGAUUAAAGAUAAGCUUUCCAAAAGCAGCAUCGUUGACGACGACGACAACAACAAUAGUAUUAUUAAUAAUAAUUAUAGUGAUGAUAAUAUUAUUAAUAAUAAAAUAAUUGUUACUAAUAAUGAUAUUCGAAAUGUUGAUGAUGAUGAGAGCUCUGCAGAGGAUAUUUCUAAGCAGGCUCUGCUUCUGACUGAGCUAUCAAAGAAGGUGAUAAAUAUGGGGGAAUUGAGAAGAAUUGCUUCUCAAGGGAUACCUGAUGGUGCUGGUAUUCGUUCCACGGUUUGGAAGCUCUUGUUGGGGUAUUUGGCACCUGAUCGUUCACUUUGGUCGUCUGAAUUGACCAAGAAGAGAUCUCAGUACAAGCAUUUUAAAGAGGAGCUUUUGAUGAAUCCUUCAGAAAUAGCAAGGAGGUUGGAGAAAACCACUGUUCUCAACAAUGACAAUGGAAAAUCUGAAAGCCGUUGUGUACUCUCAAGAUCAGAGAUAACUCAUGGGGAGCAUCCUUUGAGCCUUGGUAAGAGCAGCGUUUGGAAUCAAUUCUUUCAGGACUCAGAGAUCAUAGAGCAGAUUGAUCGAGAUGUGAAACGCACUCAUCCAGACCUGCACUUCUUUUCUGGGGACUCAUAUCUUGCAAAAUCUAAUCAGGAGGCUUUGAGAAACAUACUGACUGUAUUUGCAAAGUUAAAUCCGGGUAUACGAUAUGUUCAAGGGAUGAAUGAAAUUUUGGCACCACUAUUCUACAUAUUCAAAAAUGACCCUGAUGAGGAAAUGGCGGCCUGUGCAGAAGCAGACACAUUUUUCUGCUUUGUUGAGCUGUUGAGUGGAUUUCGGGAUCAUUUCUGUCAGCAACUUGACAACAGUGUUGUGGGAAUUCGAUCAACUAUUACAAGAUUGUCACAGCUUCUGAAGGAGCAUGAUGAAGAGCUUUGGCGUCAUCUUGAGAUCACAACCAAAGUAAACCCCCAGUUUUACGCAUUUCGGUGGAUUACUCUGCUCUUGACUCAGGAGUUCAAUUUCGCAGAUAGUCUUCACAUUUGGGACACACUUUUAAGUGACCCCGAGGGUCCUCAGGAGACAUUGCUUAGGGUAUGUUGUGCAAUGCUGAUUCUCAUUAGGAGGCGUCUACUAGCAGGAGAUUUCACUUCUAUUCUCAAGCUACUCCAGAACUAUCCCCCAACAAACAUUAGUCAUAUGCUCUAUGUCGCAAACAAAUUGCGUGGUCAACCAUCACGCUAAUUCUCUUUAGUCACAUUCCUGUUAUUUUGUUACCGUUCCUCGUUUUUGUGUCUGAGAAUUUUGUGUUUGUAAAUUACUUUAUGUAAAUGUUGGUUGAACUUGAAGGUGAGAUGCUUCUCUGUCA